AUGGACGGAAAUGGCAAUCACCAUUUAAUACAAAAAAGAAGCUUUACAAAUAAGAGGUAUGCAGGUGCUGUUAGUCCUCAACAGAAAGCUGUAGUGGAUAAUAGUCUGCCUGUUGAAUUAUUGCCAUGUGGUCUAGUUGUCCGUAGUAUUGGUUAUCGUGGCGUCCGUAUUGAUCCAGAUUUACCAUUCGACGAACAACACGGAGUUAUUCAGUGCAAGGAUAACAAUGGUCGUGUAGUCGAUCUACCUCAGGCUUCAUACGAUUUUAUUGUAAGCCCAAUGUAUUGUGUUGGAUGGAUUAAACGGGGUCCUGUUGGUGUGAUUGUAGACACAGCUGUAGAUGCUCGUCAAACAGCUGAAGCAAUCAUGAGGGAUUUGUCUGAAUUGGAAAGACAUUAA